GGUGGAGGAAAGCAGAAGAAGAAGAAAUGGAGCAAGGGCAAGCAAAAGGAGAAGGUGAACAACAUGGUUUUGUUUGAUCAGGGAACCUAUGAUAAGCUUCUUUCUGAAGUCCCCAAGUACAAGCUAAUCACUCCUUCAAUCCUUUCUGAUAGAAUGAGGGUACGCCUUGUCUUCCUUGUAUCCAUCCAUGGCAAUGCACUUAAUACUUCAAUUUGUUUGUUGUUCAACUGCAAUAUGUUGGUCGAGCAGCCCAACUCAAUUCACAUGGUUUGAUUUGUUAUAACCAAUUUGAAAACCAACCCAUAGACUUUGUUUUUUACUUAGUACACUACCAAUGGACAUGAAGUUUACAGUCAAGAAAUCAGAUUUAAAAUUUUGUGUUGACUAGACCCUUUUGGUUCAGAUUUAAAAUUUGAAAACCAAGUGACUUUUUGUUU